GCCAGCCACUCGCUUUCUUCGCAACCACGUCUCCUCCCCGCCUCCCACACCCAUCUUCUAUCCCCCCCUAAAAUCCCCCUCCCAUAUCCAAUCCGGCCCAAACCCUUGUCCAAUUCCGCUCUCCCCCUUCUCCCCCUCUCCCCCUCUCCCUCCCCCGCGCUUCCUUCGCCGCUAAGCAUAUUCCCCCACCCCCGUCGCGGAGCGCGAAGCCGCGAACGCCCCCCCGCACGCCUGGAUCUCGGCGAGGAUGACGGUGAUGGAGCUCAAGGCGCUGCCGCUCGGCUUCCGCUUCCACCCCACCGACGAGGAGCUCGUCCGCCACUACCUCAAGGGAAAGAUCACCGGCCAGAUCAACUCCGAGGUCGAGGUCAUCCCCGAGAUCGACGUCUGCAAGUGCGAGCCAUGGGACCUCCCAGAUAAAUCGCUGAUCCGGUCAGAUGAUCCUGAAUGGUUCUUCUUCGCGCCCAAGGACCGCAAGUACCCGAACGGGAGCAGGUCGAACAGGGCCACGGAGGCUGGCUACUGGAAGGCCACUGGCAAGGACAGGAUCAUCAAGUCCAAGGGUGACAAGCGCAAGCAGCAUGUCAUCGGCAUGAAGAAGACCCUUGUGUUCCACCGUGGACGCGCACCCAAGGGCGAGCGGACAGGGUGGAUCAUGCAUGAGUACCGCACCACUGAGCCGGAGUUCGACUCCGGUGAGCAGGGUGGUUAUGUUCUUUAUCGCCUCUUCCGGAAGCAAGAGGAGAAACCUGAGCGCGCUAGCCCAGAGGAAGUGGAUAGGAGUGGCUACUCGCCUACUCCUUCUCGCUCGUCACCUGACAACAUAGAGGCAAAUGAGGAAGCAAACACGCCGUUAAAUAGGGAAUCUCCAGAAUCUGGUCUGCAUGAAAGUCCAAUUGAGCUGCCCAAUCCUGUUGAAACUCAUGCUAUGCCAAUAACAAGGUGGCUGGCGGGCAGAAAUGAUAACUUAGUGCCUACUGCAGCGGAUGUUUCCCAUAUGCCUUUCAAUGGACAUGCUGAUGUACCUGAGGUCAAUCCUUCUGCUGGUGCUUCAGCUCAGCUCAUUAAUCCACAGAAUGGGAAUGAUAAUCUCACCAAUUUUGCGCCUGAUAUUGCCCCCAAUCUACAGCAUGGAAAUGCAUUCGUCCCUGAUCUCCAGGAAAUAGCUUUUGGUUUUGAUGGCAACAUGAAUCCUCCUGAUGCCCUGGAUGUUUUCUUGAACCAAGCACUUGUUGAUCCUGAUGAACAUUCAUCAACAACAUCAAGAGUUCAGUAUGAUUCAGACAUUCCUACAGAAUUUGAGAACAAUGGGGUUGCACAGGGUGAAGAUGAUCAAAGCUGGUGGGCAAAUCUAGAUUUCUUGUCAGAUGAGCCGAACCCUCUGAAUUCAGCAUAUGAGAAUACACCGUUGCUGCCUUAUGACGCCAAUGACCAGGAUGUACUUUCAGUGGACUCUGGCGCUGAUUCCUUGCAUGAACUUUUCAAUAACAUGGAAGAUUCAAAUGCAAGGAGGGCUGGAAUGAACAUUGAAUAUGGCCUUCAGGGAACUGGGAUUUCUCUUAUGCCCCGGCAGUUACAGUCCUCUGCGCAGCCAAACUAUGUGCUUACUAACCAGGGCACUGCAUCAAGGAGGCUCCGGCUACAUUUGCCUGCUGAUUUUGAGAGUGCGGAGAGCAUAACUAGAGAUGAGAGUGAAGAUGAAGUGUCAUGUGUUGUAACUGCAGACAGGGAUGUGGUUUCUGAUGGAGAUGAGGCUGAGUCAACAGGGAUUGUUAUUAGAAGCCGCCCUGCUCCAAGUUCAAGCUCGGAGAGUUCAUUCACCCAACAGGGGACUACAGUGCGAAGGCUACGGCUGCAGUCAGACCUCAAGACAGGACCAUGUCCUAGUACUGAUGAUACUUCGAGCUGCAUCAUAAACGAAACAGAAAGUCACCACCAACCAGAGAAAUCUGAGAUUGCAGAGGAUGCAAGUAAAAACUUUGCUGGAAGUGUUGAUGAUCUGUCAGUCAAUUGCGAUGAUAAUGAGCAAAAGACCAUGCCUCAACAUGUUGCUGAAAUGGCUGUUCCAGAAGCCAAACCUGUUCCAAGGCUGCGGAAGGCUUCUGAGAAGAGUGACAAGGAUACUAUAAAGCAGGAGAGUGGUCUUGAGUCGCUGGUGAGAGCACCAGUGCAGAAGGGAGGCUUCCAAUCAUACACCGCCUGGCUGGUUCUUUCGGUGGUUCUGCUACUGCUUCUCUCUGUUGGGGUAUAUGGGUGGAUGUGAAAGCUGUCCUGGUGCGGUAUGAGGUGUUAUGUUUUGCGCACACAGGUUCCUGGCAUCGACCUGGUGGUGUUUAGUCACGUGUACAUAGUCUGUCAUACAGCAUGGGUUUAUAGGGCUGUAUGACAUCCGAUGUCUGUUCUCCCUCCGGCAAGCCGAGGCAGCAGAAAAUCAAAAAAAGAAGUAGCAUGUUAGGAGGAGCAAAAAAAAGAAAAAAAAAAGUAACCGUUACUAGAGGCAUAGUAUUACAUCCUUAGUUUUUCUUCUGCUGUUGAACGCAGAUGCUGGUAACUCGAUGCGGUAGCUGUUGUGUAGUUGUAAGGUAUGCCCUCGGCUGCUGGCUUUAGUUCCUGAUGUAAUGUAGCAAUACCCUCUUAGACGGGGGCGAGUCUGAACCUUGGUAAUAUCUGAUGUUUCUUUUUCAUGAAGAUAGUCCGUGCUAAACUUCUAGUUCCUGA